UUAAGUUACAAGUCUUACCAAGUCUCUUCAAAAACAUACACACACGUCUCUUCAAAGUCACAAGAACCAAUCAUCGAUCAACUCAGACAAAGUUCUCUUUCCCGUUGGUUUUUUUUAUUGAGAAUUAAGAAACUAACAUAUGACUUAUAUGUUGGGUUGUUCUAAUGGCACCGUUGCGAUCGCAACCGCUAUGGUUUUCUCAAGCACUGCCCUGUUUCUCGCGAUGGCUCGUCAGUUCCAUGGGAAGAUUCAUGAUCAUCAGAGUCCUUCACCAAUCCUACGUUCUUGUCUAUCUUCUUCAGAGGCAAUGAAGAAGCAGAGGAGGAAGAAGAAGAAAGUUCGCUUUGCGGAGAAUGUGAAAGAUACGAAAGGUAACGGGAAAGAGUACCGAAAGAAGAGGGAAUUGAACCAGAGAACCGUACAUGAGCCAGUGAAUAAACCGGGGAAGACCGGUUCAGUUUGUGGAAUAUCCACGAUGCCAGCGAACCGGGUGGCACUGUACAAUGGGAUUCUCAGAGACCGUAAUUACAAAACUCAAUGUUCUUAUUGA